CAUUGUUAGGAGUAAUUAUUUUGGUUUCCAUUAUCAUAAAUUCCUUUUCAGCAUCUUUCCCAUCUCUCUCCUCCAAUUUUUCUGUACUGUACCCGUUUAAUCCCCAAAACUCCUUUCACAUUCACUCUUCACGCGUAUUCGACCAUCUCACAUCCUCCGUCUCGAUGGCUUCACCUCCAACCCUUCCGAUCUCACAGUCAGCCACCAACGGCGGCCAAUCUCAGCCGCCUAUCGCCACCCCAGCCUUUCGCUCCUUCAUCACGCGCCUCACCUCCUCCGUUCGUCAAGGCUUAGCCCAACGCCGCCCUUGGUUGGAGCUUGUAGAUCGCUCCUCACUCGCCCGCCCUGACUCCCUCACCGACGCCGCCUCUCGCAUCCGCAAGAACUUCUCCUACUUCCGCGUCAACUACGUCACUCUACUCGCCCUCGUCUUGGCUCUCUCCCUCCUCUCUCACCCUCUCUCACUCCUCGUCCUUCUCGGACUCCUCGCCUCCUGGUUCUUCCUCUACCUCUUCCGGCCCUCCGAUCAGCCUAUCGUCCUCUUCGGUCGCACGUUCACCGACCGAGAAACCCUCGGCGUGUUGGUGGUCUCCACUAUAGUUGUGGUGUUCCUCACCAGCGUUGGAUCGCUUCUGAUCUCUGCUCUCCUCGUCGGAUUGGCGAUUGUGUGCACGCACGGAGCUUUCAGGGUUCCGGAGGACCUCUUUCUUGACGAUCAAGAACCUGCGAACGCCGGAUUCCUCUCUUUCCUCGGCGGCGCCGCCUCGUCCGCUGCCGCAGCUGCAGCUCCGGCCGUUGCCGUGCGCGUAUGAUGAAGUUGGAAUUAGAUCUGAUCUGAUUCGAUCUGGCUGGAGGCCACUGAGGUUUGUCAGGAUAAAAAAAUCGAUUCCUCUCCGUUUGAUCAAGUUGUACCUUUUUUUGAUAGAAAUAUGAUUCAUUUUGUAGGAUUUUCCCGAAAUUGGUUAGAGACUUAGAGAUGUGUAGUUAGAUUGGAUCUGUAACCUGCAAUUUUAGACCCACCUUUCACUGCUUUGCUUGUUUCUAGUUCAAUUUCUAAUGGAUUGAAAUUAUUAAUUGUUCCAUAGACAAGUUGUUGAUCUGUUACUCAUUAUAUAUAAGAAAAUGGUAGUUAUGUUUUUUUGUUUCCCCUGAUUA